GGAGCGACGCGCCCGCGAACUUGGCGACGUUCUCGCUGUCUAUCCGCGGCCUCCAGCCCGCUCUGCGCGCCUGCCACUCCUCCCGGGAAGCCUCCGUGACCCCCGCGCACCCACUGCCCCGCUCCCCUCUCUUUCACCGGGGCGCGGCUCUGCUCCAAGCCCCGCCCGCGGGGCCGAGGGCGAAGGCCCCGCCAGGGGCCCCGGGACUGGGGCUCCAGGGCUCCGGGUUCAGCAGAGUGUCCAGCGUCGCCAAGGUGGCGGGUUCGGGGCGCCUCCUGCUCGCGAGGGCCUGGCGGAGUGAGCGCGGCCCCAGGCUCGCCUUGCUCCCCGACCCUGCUCCAGCCCGUUCCCUCCCUCUGGUUGUGGGGAGGAGAGCCGAGCAGAGGACGAGGCGGGCUGCGCUGCGGGCAAGCAAGAUCAGGGGCCCUUGGAGUCGCCCUGCUGCCGCCCGGCACCUGUGUCUGCAGCCUGCACAGACUGUGCGCAGCCCGGUGUGCAGCGGAGCUCUUGGAGUCCAGGCUCCGGGUCCUGAAGAAAGAGCUGGAAGACUACCAGGUGUUCCAGGCCUCGGAAGAGAAGGAGAGCAAGGAGCUCCUGGUGAGCCAGGCACCCCUCAGAAGCAGAUGGCGGCUGAGCAGGAGAAGGUGGGGGCAGAGUUCCAGGCGCUGCGGGCCUUCCUGGUGGAGCAGGAGGGCCGGCUCCAGGGCCACCUGGAGGAGCUGUCCCGGGAAGUGACACAGAAGCACAAGGAGAACCUGACCCAGCUUGCAGGUGAGAUCUCCCAGCUCUCCAAGCUCUGCGGCCAGAUCCAGGAGACAGCCGGAAAGCCUGACCUCGACUUUCUCCAGGAAUUCAAAAGCACACUAGACAGGUGCAGCAAUGUUCCUGGCCCCAAGCCAACCACAGUCUCUUCUGAGAUGAAGAAUAAAGUCUGGAAUGUCUCCCUGAAGACCUUCGUCUUAAAAGGGCUGCUGAAGAAGUUCAAAGAGGAUCUUCGGGGAGAGCUGGAGAAAGAGGAGAAAGUGGAGCUCACCUUGGACCCGGACACGGCCAACCCGCGCCUGGUCCUCUCGCUGGAUCUGAAGAGCGUGCGCCUCGGCCAGCGGGCGCAGGACCUGCCCGGCCACCCGCGGCGCUUCGACACCAACACGCGCGUCCUGGCGUCCUGCGGCUUCUCCUCGGGCCGGCACCACUGGGAGGUGGAAGUGGGCUCCAGGGACGGCUGGGCCUUCGGGGUGGCCCGGGAGAGCGUGCGCCGCAAGGGCCUCACGCCCUUCACCCCCGAGGAGGGCGUCUGGGCCCUGCAGCUCCACGGCGGCCAGUACUGGGCUGUGACCAGCCCCGAGCGCACGCCCCUCAGCUGUGCGCGCCUGUCGCGCGUGCGGGUGGCCCUGGACCUGGAGGUGGGCGCCGUGUCCUUCUACGCCGUGGAGGACAUGCGCCACCUCUACACCUUCCGCGUCAACUUCCAGGAGCGCGUGUUCCCGCUUUUCUCCGUCUGCUCCACCGGCACCUACUUGCGCAUCUGGCCUUGAGGGGCCCUCCUGGGGAGAGUCCCCCUCUCCUGUCUGCCUGUGGGGAGGGUCGUGGCCCCCUGGAUGUAUGCCUCGGGUCUGCCCUCCACACUCUUGCCCCAGGCUGCCUGGCACAACCCUGGAGGCGUGGCACCCAGGGACUGUGGCCGUGCAUGCUUGGGGGCUGUCCCCUCCCUGUGGGCAGCAUGUGGAUUUGGCCAGAGCCCUGAGGAGGUGGAGGCUGGGGAGCACAGGAAGCCAGCUCUUGCUGGGGGUGCUUCCUAUCCCAGGGGCUCCCUGCCCUGACUCAGGGGGGCCUCUGGUUCCCAGGAAUGAGGUCAGGCAGGUCCUGAGCUGCCCUCAGGGUCGGCCAGCCAGGUUCAUCAUCACUUCUCCCUUGCCUUCUUUUUUUUUUUUGGAGACAGAGUCUCGCUUUGUUGCCCAGGCUAGAGUGAGUGCCGUGGC